UAUGACAGGUGUUUCAAGAUACAGAGAGUCCUGCAUUGAGUUAUUUUAAUUUAUGUUGUUUUAAUUACAGCACAAGGUGCUCGCGAGCAACCAAAAGAUACAAGUGUUCACAACUUUUUCCAUAUAUAUUAUUUAGGUUUUUAGUAAUAAACAAAAGUAUAUUUUUGCAAAACUCUACCUGAACACGAUACAGCCGCCUACUUAUUGAAAACACGAGCACUUGGGUCCAAUAGCCAGAUACGGUAACAAUUAUCUUAAUCGUUUCAUCCAAGCAUUUCUAUAACGCGCGUUCCUGAAAUGUAGUCGUGUUCUGAAUAAAGCGUAAAAAUACAAAAAAAAAAAAAAAAAAAAACAUUUUCACCUGACACGCAAUUUUAAAAUACAGUAUGGGAACGUACCAUUACCUAAAUCUACAAAAACGAUAUAUUUGCUAUUUUAUCGGUUUUGCAAGUGCGCACAUACUAUACGCGUGUUCCAUUUGCAUUACAUUAACACUACAAAUCAUGACUCAUUUCCAUAAUGUUUUUACUAAGAAUCCACUUGUACUUUCUACCCUCAUGUGCCGUGUCUGUCACACGGAGCUCAGGAGCGAUGGAAUGACUUCAAUUGGUUCCAGAGCUCAGUGAUGUCAUCCGGAUGAAUGAAGGCUUUGGCUGCUUUGCCUGAGUGAAAACAGAAGCAAGUCGCAGAACGCGGAGAUCCGAGCAGCGCACAUAUCUGAGGAACGGAAAAGGCGGCACAAAGCGCAUUCAUGAGCGCAGAUUCGGUGCACCUUUACCCAACGAGUGCCAGUCACCAUGGGAGAGGGGUUAUCUUCUUUAGAUUGCAAUAACACAUCGAAUCAUGAACAUUUCAACCGCGUCCACGGGGCAGCCGACCCCGGGCAGCCUGCCUCAGAGCAGUGGAUGGUUGGCAUGGGGAUGCUUAUGGCUGUGAUAGUGGUGCUCAUAGUCAUUGGAAAUGUAUUGGUGAUCGUUGCAAUAGCCAGGAACCAGAAGUUGCAGACCUUGACCAAUUUAUUUAUUGUGUCUUUGGCCUGUGCUGACUUAAUAAUGGGCUUGCUGGUGGUGCCCUUUGGUGCCGCUUUGGUGAUCCGAGGCACUUGGCUUUUCGGCUCGUUCUUCUGCGAAUUGUGGAUUUCGGUGGACGUCCUGUGUGUGACUGCCAGCAUCGAAACCUUGUGUGUGAUUGCAAUUGACCGGUUCAUCGCCAUAACGUCUCCAUUCCGUUACCAAAGCGUGCUCACUAAAGCCAGAGCAAAGGGCAUCGUAUGUGUAGUUUGGGCUAUAUCGGCUCUCGUCUCCUUUCUGCCCAUUCUGAUGCAGUGGUGGAGGGAUGACAAGCCAGACGCUAUCGACUGCUACAAAGACCCGAACUGCUGUGACUUUGUCACCAACCAGGCUUAUGCCAUAGCCUCGUCUAUAAUUUCCUUCUACAUUCCUUUGGUGGUGAUGAUCUUUGUCUACGCCAGGGUUUUUAGAGAAGCUAAAAAACAAAUGAAGAAGAUCGAUAAAUGUGAAGGAAGGUUUCACAACAAUCCCAUUAUCCCCAACGGAAGACCUAGCAGGAGGAGACCGUCAAAACUCUCGGCAAUAAAGGAACAGAAAGCGCUCAAGACGCUUGGUAUCAUCAUGGGCACUUUCACUUUGUGCUGGCUGCCCUUCUUCUUGGUCAACGUUGUGAAGGUGUUCUUUACAGAGGUCGUGGACAGUCAGCUCUUCGUGUUUUUUAACUGGUUGGGGUAUGCCAAUUCUGCUUUUAACCCUAUAAUAUACUGCAGAAGCCCCGACUUCAGGAAAGCCUUUAAAGGGUUGUUGUGCUGCCCGAGGCAGGCAGACAGAAGGUUACACGUCAGUUCAGGGGAUCUAUCGCUCUAUUCCGGGGGCUUUAGGAAUUCCCUGGACCCCAGCCUCAUUGGGACGUGGUCUGAUUGCAAUGGACAGGAUAGCAGUGAGUGCAGUCUGGAACGAAAUGAGAAAAUUCGGCAUUCCGAGUCGGAAUUAUAGUUACUAGAAGCGCAGUACCCAAGCAACAGAUGAAGAUUCGCUUCAGUUCACACUCAGUUGCUCUGCAAAGCCGCUCUGCUCAGCACCCGCCUGUUUGUUGGGGGUAUUUAUCUGUAAUGCAAAAAAAAAAAAAUCUUUACUGUGCCCCGUAAGUAGUAUUAUCGAGUGUAACAAAGAAGCAUUUAUUAACCAUUAACAAAAUAAUAUUGUGUUUUUGUGAAAUUGAUUUUCAAGGUAAUUAUUAUGUGUUGUGCUGGACAGACAAUAUCGACCAGGCACAGUGCCUCGCAUGUUUUAAACAGGCUCUUAAUGAUUUACAUUAUUCUGUGCUUAUAGGAGAAGUGGAAACUGAACGGUAGCCUACAGUAGAAAGCCAUAACAGUAGUAAAGGGUCAGUAUUAAUUGUGCUUUAAAAAUCGGUGCAUCUGUAGACGCAGCAAAUACAGCGUUCGCUGACUCUGCACAUGGUGUAAACUCUGAAGCUCCAUUAGUUACAGGUAGUGUUUUUUCAAAGCUAGUAUCGGUGAGAUUUCUACCUCAGAUUGUACACGUUGUACAGAAGAGUCUUUUGUUUAUAUUAAACAAUUUAAUACACGGGCCUAAACCAUUAAACAAGGUAUUUAAAUGUGGGAAAUGAGCGCCAGUACUUUAUGAAUUCAAUAUGAAGUAAUAAUUCGAGUCACAGCACACAAUACAGGGAAAGAUAUUCUAGGAAAGACUAAUAACAGUUUGUUGUUUUUAAAACAACAUGCUACUAUUUGUGUAGUUUGUUGUGUAGUUUGUUGGUUCAAACAAUUAUUGCCACGUGCAUUAUUUAACAAAAAAGUACAGUACUGUAAUUUAUAAAUAAUAACGUGUUUAUUCUGUGUAGGGUUUUAUGUGCAGCUUGUACAAUAAUUUGUUAUUUGUAUGUCGUUUCCAUUUUUUGUCACAAAGUAUUUAUACUAUUGUAUAAUAAUGGUCGUGUAUUUGGUCGAUGUGCAAUAAAUUGUUG